UCCUGUGGCGGAUACGCCCAAGCGCAUUCGCCGCAGAGCAACUGCUCCGCUGGAGGGGAUCCGUGUCAGGAUGGUGUUCUGCUGCCUGUGUGGAACCCCCAGAAUCCAUCAGUGGGGGACAAAGUAGCUCGAGCCAUUGUGUACUUUGUAGCGCUGGUCUAUAUGUUCCUGGGGAUGAGCAUCAUCGCGGAUCGAUUCAUGUCCUCUAUCGAGGUGAUAACCUCCCAGGAAAAAGAGAUCACGAUUAAGAGGCCCAACGGCGAAACGACCACCACCACAGUCAGGAUUUGGAAUGAGACUGUUUCCAAUCUAACUCUUAUGGCCUUAGGAUCCAGCGCCCCGGAAAUCCUGCUCUCCGUCAUUGAGGUGUGUGGCCACAACUUCUCGGCGGGCGCUCUUGGCCCGAGCACGAUUGUGGGUAGCGCCGCGUUCAACAUGUUCGUCAUCAUCGCCCUGUGCGUCUAUGUGGUGCCCGAUGGCGAGACGCGCAAGAUCAAACACCUGCGGGUCUUCUUUGUCACUGCCGCCUGGAGCAUCUUCGCCUACAUUUGGUUGUACCUCAUCCUCAGCGUCUUCUCGCCGGGCGAAGUAGAUGUCUGGGAGGCAGUGCUGACCUUCCUGUUCUUCCCCCUAUGCGUGAUCCAGGCUUGGGUGGCUGACCGCCGCCUAUUGUUUUACAAGUACACGCGCAAGCGGUACCGUGUGGACAAGCAUCGGGGCGUCAUUAUCGAAACGGAAGGGGGCCCGGACACAGACGGAGGCGGGGCACCGGGUCAGGGCGGCUUCACCAAGAUGGAUAUGCUGGAACUGGAUGGCCAGAUGGCGCUCAACUGCCACGGGGUGGCGGAAGAGGGUGGGGCCAAGGACGAGGAGGACGAGGCCCGACGCGACAUGGCCAGAACGCUCAAGGAACUCAAGCAGCGACACCCCGAUAAAGACAUGGAGCAGCUUAUUGAGAUGGCUAACUAUCAGGUUUUGAUGCAGCAGCAGAAGAGCCGAGCGUUCUACCGCAUCCAAGCUACCAGGAUGAUGAUCGGAGCUGGAAACAUCCUCAAGAAACAUGCUGCCGACCAGGCUCGCAAGGUUGUGAGCAGCCACGAGACCCAAGCCCAAGAAGAUGAUCCGCACACGGUCCGUCUGGAGUUCCAGCCCGCUUUGUACCAGUGCUUUGAGAACUGCGGCUCCCUCAAGUUGACCGUCGCCAGACAUGGAGGAGACUCCGGCAUCACUGUCAAGGUGGACUACCGCACCGAGGACGGCACGGCCAACGCCGGCUCCGACUACGAAUUUGCCGAGGGAACGCUUCUCUUCAAGCCGGGCGAGACCCUGAAAGAGAUAACAGUGGGGGUGAUAGACGACGAUAUCUUCGAGGAGGACGAGUACUUCUAUGUGCACCUUAGCAACCCCCGCCUGGUGGGGUACCCUGAGAUCAGCACAUCCCCCCUGGAUGCCGGCUCGGCCCCCAAAGCCGCUUUGGGGGACAACUGCACGGCGACGGUGACCAUUUACGACGACGACCACGCUGGUAUUUUCACCUUCGAGAGCAGCAGUCAGCGCGUGAGUGAGAGCGUAGGCGUGAUGGAGGUGAAGGUACUGAGAACCUCGGGUGCCCGGGGAUUGGUGGCCGUCCCCUACCGGACGCUGGACGGAACCGCCAGGGGAGGCGAGGACUACGAGCCGGCGGUGGGAAAGCUGGAGUUUCAAAACGACGAGACCAUGAAGGUCAUCGAGGUGAGGAUCAUCGAUGACGAGGAGUAUGAGAAGAACAAGACCUUCACCAUCGAGUUGGGCGAACCCAUUCUCUUGGAAAUCGGACAGAAACACGGAGACUCCAACGAGAACAAACCGGCGGUUGGAGCGGAGGAAGAGGAGGUGGCCAAGAUGGGCUGCCCCAGCCUUGGCGAGCACACGCAAGCCCAGAUCGUCAUAGAGGAGUCUUACGAAUUUAAGAGAGCAGUGAAUGUGCUUUUGGAGCGGCGUCGCAAGAGUACGGUAGACAAGUUGAUCAAGAAGACAAAUCUGGCCUUGGUGGUGGGAAGCAGCAGCUGGAGGGAGCAGUUUGUUAGUGCCGUGACUGUCAGUGCAGGAGAUGACGACGAUGACGAGAGCGGCGAGGAACGUCUGCCGUCGUGCUUCGACUACAUCAUGCACUUCCUGACGGUUUUCUGGAAGGUAGUUUUCGCCUUCGUGCCGCCUACAGAGUACUGGAACGGUUGGGCCUGUUUCUUCGUGUCCAUCUCGCUCAUUGGCGUGUUGACGGCCAUCACCGGCGACCUGGCCUCGCACUUCGGCUGCACCGUGGGGCUGAAGGACUCCGUGACCGCCGUGGUCUUCGUGGCGCUCGGAACCUCCGUGCCAGAUACCUUCGCCAGCAAGGUGGCGGCCAUCCAGGACCAGUACGCCGACGCGUCCAUCGGCAACGUGACGGGCUCUAAUGCUGUCAACGUCUUCCUGGGCAUUGGCGUGGCGUGGACCAUCGCCGCGGUGGCAUGGCGCUCCCGCGGAAAGGUCUUCAAGGUGGACCCGGGCAACCUGGCGUUUUCCGUCACGCUAUUCACCGCGCUGGCAUCGUUGUGCGUAGCCACGCUGCUGUACCGCCGACGGCCUGGCGUGGCCGGUGGGGAGCUUGGCGGCCCCAGGACUAGCAAGGUGUUCACCUCGCUCUUCUUUGUCUUGCUCUGGCUCGUCUACAUCCUGUUGGCCGCCCUCGACGCCUACUGCCACUUACCCGCCUUGUAG